AUGGACACCGGACUCUGCCCAGUGAGGGUUCCCGGCAUUGGGGAAGGGGGCGUGGCCGGUGUGUCGUCCCUUGAGGAGGCGGUGGUGUGGAGGUCGUCGUACGUAGUGGUCGGUGGCAUCGGGCCACUGGAGGUGGUGUCGUCUGCAGUGACCCACGCCGGCUUGAGUCAAGAUACUGACACUGUCGAGGAUUUGCCUUUGAUACAGAUGUCGAAUGUGGAAGCUGAUAUGACAAUGAGAAUAACAAAAUUAUUUGAUUUAAUUAAACAACAUAAGCCGGAAGACAAAGUAUUUGAAAUUAAUAAAAUACUUGAAGCUCAUGGACACACUGUGCUGCGACUUCCACCAUACAACUGUGACUUAAAUCCAAUUGAAAUGGCGUGGGCAAAGCUCAAGAAUUUCGUCAGAAGAAGAAAUAUUCUUGGAGAUAUUUGCAUGACGAAGUUGCUGCAGUUGGUGAAAGAAGGUUUCGAAACGAUAACUCAAGAUGACUGGAGUGCAUACUGCCUCCAUGUGGAGAAACUUGAAAGAGAAUACUGUGUUAAGGAUGGGGUUAUGGAAGACAUAAUAGACGCUAUAGUUAUUAAUUUAGAAAGUGAUGACGACGAGGACGACGACGACGACGUCGGUAAUGACAGUGACAAUGUUGAUGAUGACCUCUCAAAUACGAUGUAUGUAAACAGGCAAUGA